GUGUUCCACGUUUUGAUGCGGUGAAUCUGUAUUCCAGGGAAUGGUGCCAAGAAAAAGCCACAGGAUACCAGCACAGGGGAAGACGGAAAACAAAAACAGUCGACGGAUGAUUCCCCGGGUUGUCGCGUGUCGUAGCUGAUUUUAGGUCCUUAGAACGAAAAUCUACCGUAACUUAUCGACCGUGCAGUUUCACAGAAAUAUAGGAGCGUAGCGCAGUAGACUAAAGGAGUCCUAAAGAUGACUACAGAGACAAUUCCAGCACCCACCCCCGUGGUGCUGGAUGGACCGACCCACCCCGACGGCCGGUACAAGAAGUACCCGCGUAAGGUGAUCGUAGCCACGGGACUGACGCAGAUUGUGGUGGGGCUGCUGUGUAUCGUGCUGGGGAUCUCUGGGAUCGUCGUGCGAGCCCUGGGGUACUACGUGGGCAUCCCUAUCUGGACUGGGGCUGUGUUUCUUGUGGCUGGAAUUUUGGGGAUCCGUGCUGGCCAGCAGAAAACUGGAUGUUUGAUCAUUGGUCACAUGGUGAUGUCCAUCAUCGCGGCAGUUUUCACGGUUAUCGUGCUGGGCAGCGCCGCGUCCGGCCUCGCCAAUGAGCACUACCACUCCACCAUCCACGACUACAUGACUGGCUGCUACGAGCAGUACGACAGCAACUGCAAGUGUUACCGCAUCCUGCCAGAGAAACAGUUGGAGUGUGACAGACUGGUGAAGGGCAGAUUGUCCAUCCAUGGUAUCCUGGUGAUCCUGGCCAUCCUGGAGGCAAUCAUCGCGAUCCUAGCGGCGUCCCUGUCCUGUCGAGCUGUCUGUACCUGCUGCACCAGCCAACCACAGCCCACAGUUGUGUAUCAGGUCGCACCUAACGGCCACCAGGUCCCAGGACAGGUGCACUUCCUCCCAGCUGGCCAACCCAUCACCAUGGUGACCAUCUCCCCCAGCCAAUCAGUGGCUGCCACUGCCCCCUCCCAGCCAAUGGCAGUGCCGACUGCCCCGGCCAACCAGCACGGAGUGAUGGGUGCGUCCGCUCCAGCCGUGGUGGGGUUGUCAACAGGGCAGCAGCCCAGUGUGGUGGUGUACCCCAUGGCUUCUGGGCAGGGCUACAUACAGCCUAUGGCUGCCUCAGCCCCCACCCCUGUGCCUGCCACCAACGUGCCCCUACAGCCCCCCGACAAGAAGCCUACUGCUCCACCAGCAGAAACUGACAAGAAAAAGGUUAAAAAGACGAAGCCAGACAGCCAAGGCUCCCCGUCUCCUGAGCGCUCUCCUCCGCCCAGCUACUCUGAGCAGCCCACCGACUUCACCAAUGCUGGAUACCACGAGGAUGACGACGCACCUCUCAUCUCCUAACUCACUAGAGAUGAGAACGGAUCUGCUAAAACACUUUUCUGUUGCUUAAUGUCUUACUCUUUGUGAUCCUUGUAAGAACAUCUUUUGCUUUACUAAGUUUGUUUUUUUGAUAAUCUUUACAACUUGUUCGGUUAGCAACAUAGAAUAAGCAUGGUACUAUCAGAAAAUAGGUAGCAAAAGCAGAAAUGCUAAGAUAUAAGCCAUAGAGUUCAAGCUGGAAGUUACUGAAAGGUUCAGGUGUUUUGAUUUUGCCAUAAAUGUGGUAAUUUUCCAUGAAAGAUGGUAAAAUAAGUGGCUUCAGAAAAAUAUCCAUUGUUGAAGAAGACAAUAGAUUGCUGGUGUCUAAUGUACACGGAAGUUGUGUGUUAUUUGCUAAGUGUUUGUAUCACUUACUGGUACAUGGAAUAAUUAUUGUAAAUGUCAUGAAUAUUGAUUCUGAUUCUUGAAUGUAAGAAAUUGUGGAACAUUCUGAUGUGGAAAGGAUUUUUGUACAUACCUUUUUGUACAAUCAUAUUUAUACAUUAUUUUGGUUCAUUUCAUUGCAUCUGGCUGUUCUUAAAUGUAACCAACAUGAAUUACUUGUAUAUUUUAUAAUAAGGAUGUGGAAAGAAUGCAUGCAUGAUUUCUAUCUUCGUGGUAUUUGGUAAUAUUUGAAAUUUAUUAUAUUUUUACAGCAUUUAGGGGUUUUAAACCGUAAAUUUUUCAGUGCUAACCAAGGUUUUUACACUAUUUUUACUAUGACAAGUAGACAUUGGUCAAAAAGUGA